AUGUACGUUGCGUUUGACGAGCCCGAUAUACUCCCACCCUACAAUAAGCAUCGAAACGAUGCCUACGGCGACUUUGGCGACAUCAUCCUCAUAUCGUUCAUCACCAUGGUGUCGAUGGUGGGGCUCUUUAUAAUCUCGGGCAUGAUCUACAUUGUGAUUCGAAGAUCCCACGCCUUGUCCGACGACGAGAUUGCCCGCGAAGAGGAAAACCAAGCGUAUCUCGAACUAAACAGCGACGAGCAAGAACUCUAUUUCCAGUCCAAGGAGUUUUUGCAAAGUAACCCUUAUUACGUGGGCGAGCUCACCUUGAGCCAGAACUUGUCCAUCCAGGAAAAGGGCAUCAAUGCAUUUGAAUUCACCAAGGAUGCCAUGCUCACCAAUAACGACUUGUUAAUCGUCAACAAGACUGAAUUGAACUUUUUCAAGCUGUUUGAAUGCUCGACUCAGACCAAUUUACCGAUACCGAUGAAGAACGAAGUAUACUACUACGAAUGCAAGAUUUAUUCGCUUGCCAACCCGCAGGAGACCUUGAUUGCCAUGGGGUUGAGCAUCAAACCUUACCCGUGGUUUAGAUUACCUGGGAGACACCCGCACUCGGUGACGUAUGAUUCCAAUGGAUAUAGAAGAUACAACCAGCCGUUUAAUCUCGAUAGCGAGCCUGCGCCGUUUCCCACCGUGGCCGAAGGGGACGUUAUUGGAGUUGGCUAUCGGACACGAUCAGGCACGAUUUUCUUUACGCGCAACGGCAAGAAAGUCAGCGAGUCGAAACUUGGAGGCCACGUUAAGAACUUCAAGAUUGCCAACCAGGGCCAGAUUUUCCCCACUGUGGGCGCCAACAAUAUCUGCUCGGUGCAUGUCAAUUUGGGACAGCGCGGGUUUGUGUUUAUCGAGGCCAACGUCAAAAACUGGGGGUAUGCUCCUAUAGAAGGGAACGGGCCCGCGCCGCCGGCGUACAACAAGUUCAAUCUGGAUAUACUUUUGGAGCGAUCUGAAGCUGGUGACGAUGACGACGAGUGCCAGGAUUUGGAAGAUGAUUUCCCGCCUGACUUUUGGGCCACUGUCAAGGUGAUCAACGGCGGUGCUAACGACGAGGGAGACGACGAUGACGUCAAGGGCAAAUUGGAGGAGAAUGCUAGCUUGGACCAUGAUAAGUUUAGUUAUAAUGCGUAUUCGGAGGUGAAUUCGAAUGACGAGAGGAUAACGUUGAAUAGUUUAGCCCCGCCAAAUAAACCGCCGUCGUACAACGACGAGCAUGAUUUGGAUGAGGCAGGAGAAGGAGAAGAACAAGCCCAAGAGGGGGAAGAUGAAGAAGAAGGAGAAGAACAAGCCCAAGAGGGGGAAGAUGAAGAAGAUGAUGAUACAGUGGGAAACUCGUCGCCACAAAUUGGUCCUUCGCCGCAUUCACCUGUAUUGUCACCCGGAACUGAAGAUACAGAUCUACCAGCAACCGACACAACCAAGACAUUGUCUUCUCCUGCUCGUGAAGACGAUAAUGGCAACAAGGACUGGGAAUCCAACUAA